UAAUUUUAAAGUGAUCAAAAAUGACUGAUACGGGCACAGGCAAUAUUAGAAAAGACAUUUUAGAUGAAAUAGUGAAUAGGAAGCGAAUGGGAGACAAGAAGUUUCAUUCGGAGACUUCCUUGCAGCAUUAUGAGGAACCAGAAGAUGAACCUGAUUAUGACGUGGAAGCUGACGGAGAUCCGGGGGUUGUAAAUACAUCAGUAAAUGGGUCUUCGGGGGAAGAAAUCUCCGCGCGGCGGCGCACUAUGUCCCAACCGGGCCCGGUGUCGGGGAACUUCCUGACGGCCAGCGCCGCCCGCGCAGCGCGCCGCCGCCCGCAGCGCAGCGUCAACUACGCAGCUGACAUCGAGAGGAAUGAAUCUAUUGAGAAAACCCCAAAACUCAUAAUUCCGGGAAGGAAUGACGACUCCGGCUCCAAUACGCCAAUUGGCGAUCGACACAGUCCACUUCCGUAUAACGGCACUUACAAAAGCAAUGGCGACGUCAAGUCACUAAAUAGCUACCGGCUAUACGCGCCCGCAAACGACAUGCGUGGCGGCGCGACGCCGCGCAAGCGCUCCGUGGUCACCAUGGAUGCGCAGUCCAUACGCUCCGUGGAGACGCACGCGCCGGCGCCUACCAGGCCCGAAGAUAACAGGCGGCUUACAAAGGAAUAUAUGAAUAUCAUUUUAAGCUCAAUUUACGCCAUAUUAUUAGUGACUUUUGGGUUGAUUGUGUACGUAGCAGAGCCAUUCGUCGAUUUUGUAGAUAAUCUGUCCACGUAUUAUACACUGACGCUGACCUGCAUAGGAUUCAUUUACCACUUAUAUUUGUUCAUCGAUAUAGGCCGAUACAAGAAAAUUGCCUUGCAAAAUCAAAGAACUAAAGGCCUUCAUGAGCAAAAGAUUGUGGAGUAUUUUAGGAAACAAGAGGAAGAUUUUGGCGCAAGUACGCCGGGCUCGCCCGGCUCCGAAGCAUUCAAACCGCCACCACUACUCAUUCCCUUAAAACAUGCUUACUGCUUCAGUCAAGGCCGACAUUCCGGCAGUUUCUAUCUUAAACUUGGCGCUGCUGGUUUCGCUAUGGGCCACUUAGUCCACUCUGUGCUGCUGAUCGUCAACCAGGUGGCUUACAUAAUCGACGACAACGUUAACAACGACCAGUGCGUCAACUACUCGCAGAUCGCGCUGGACAUCUUCAGCCCCAUCUACUGUUUCCACCAGCUUUUCUUUGUGUUUAAGUACUCAAACGUCAUAAUUUUAAGAAAUAAGGGUUUGGCAAGCUACGCCUUCAUGCACAUAAUUGGAAGCAGCCUUUGCUUCUGGAUCGGCACAAUCGUCCGGGAGACAUUAGUUGCACUCACUAUCUACGCCUACUCACAGUAUGGACCUGGAGGGCCGUAUGAAAACGCCACUGAUUAUUCCCUAGCUUCGAGCCAGCAAAGCAGAUUUUUUGACGUGAGCGUCCUGUACAACAAAGAGUGCUUAGGAUCCACUGCAGUCAUGGGAGUGAUUGAGAGCUUCUCGCCGUACCUUUACCCGUUCACUGUUGAGUUCAAUAUCCUAAUAGUUGCCAUAUACUACAUAAUUUGGAGUAGUAUCGGUAAAUGCGACAACGAGGACCACGGAGACGGCACUUCUAGCUUGGGCGACCACAACACCAUUUGCCAAAUCCCGACAGCAAACGAAGACAAUGACUUCACAAGCAACAUUGUGAUCCACGCAGACUGCCACGCGUCCAACCGCGGCAUGUUUAUGGGGAUGGUGCUGAUGGUCUUUGUCGUGGGCAUGCUCAUCGUUGGCUUCGUCUUCAGCAGCGGCGGCGAGGGACUAUUGGAGAUCGGAUACUUGCUAAACGACUCCACCAAACUGGGGCUUCACGCGGCGAUGUUCGUCGCGGCCAUAUUUGCUACCUUCCAGACGAGGAAGUUGGACAUCAACGAACACCCCAUUUCCCUUCUAGACGACAUUUUACUCUUCAUCUGCAUACCCGCCUUCUUUUUGGAGACAGUACUGUCUCUGGUGGCUACGAUCUCUAUACUCAACGUUGUGAAAACUGUCGAUUUGAUACUUAUGAUGAUCCAAGUGGUGUUGCAAACGGCGCUGCUAGUAGACGGUCUGCGGCGUUGCAGCAACAGCCGCAAACUCCGGCGCAGCAAGCCGGGCCGCGAGCUGCUCAUGUUCCUCAUCAUCGCCAACGUGGGCAUGUGGCUCCUCAACACCUUCUCCUACAAGAGCCCGGAGAGCCUCGACGAGCGGUACGCGUACUACGGGAAGGUCACUUGGACCAUACUCGGCCACAUCAGUCUGCCGCUCAUCAUGUUCUACCGGUUCCACUCAAGUGUUUGCUUCGUCGACAUGUGGGACUCCGCCUACAAACCUGGCUCAGAACAUUAGAACAAAUACCUACGUCUUUUUCAU